AAAGCGACUUGCAGACGUAUUGAGAUUCUCUUUAUUUGAACGGUAGCAGCUUAGUAAAAAAUAAAUUAGUAACUAUGAAUUCACCACCUGUUUUUAUAGAUUUGUCUAUGGACGAACAGGUUCAGGAGUUGAGGAAAUAUUUCAAGAAUUUAGGUGCAGAAAUAUCUUCUGAGAAGUCUAAUAAAGGAGUAGAAGACGACUUACACAAAAUAAUUGGAGUUUGUGACGUGUGUUUUAAAGAUGGUGAACCCAAUCAAAUCGAUUGUAUUUUAAAUAGCAUUGUUUCCAUAAUGAUUACGAUUCCCUUAGAUCGUGGAGAGAAUAUCAUAUUGGCUUAUUGUGAAAAAAUGACUAAAGCCCCCAAUGUACCUUUAACAAAGGUGUGUUUGCAGUCUUUGUGGCGCCUUUUCAAUAAUUUGGAUACAGCAUCACCUUUACGUUAUCACGUAUAUUAUCACUUAGUCCAAGUAGCGAAACAGUGCGAUCAAGUAUUGGAAGUUUUCACUGGAGUUGAACAGUUAAAAAGUCAAUUUGCGAAUUGCCCACCAUCGGCGGAGCAAAUGCAAAAGCUUUAUCGCUUGUUACACGAUGUUACUAAAGACACGAACCUUGAAUUGUCUUCAAAAGUGAUGAUAGAAUUAUUAGGAACCUACACAGCCGAUAAUGCUUGUGUUGCUCGAGAAGAUGCUAUGAAAUGUAUAGUAACUGCUUUGGCCGAUCCUAAUACAUUUCUUUUAGAUCCUUUGCUAGCUUUGAAGCCAGUACGUUUCUUAGAAGGCGAUUUGAUACACGACUUGCUCUCGAUUUUUGUGUCUGAGAAAUUGCCUGCUUAUAUACAAUUCUACGAGGACCACCGGGAAUUUGUCAAUUCGCAAGGACUUAAUCAUGAACAAAAUAUGAAGAAAAUGCGCUUGUUGACUUUUAUGCAAUUAGCUGAAAGUAAUCCAGAAAUGACUUUUGAUACACUCACAAAGGAAUUGCAAAUUAGUGAAGACGAGGUAGAACCUUUCGUUAUUGAAGUACUCAAAACCAAAUUGGUGCGAGCACGUCUUGAUCAGGCCAAUCGCAGAGUCCACAUUUCCUCUACUAUGCAUCGCACAUUCGGUGCACCGCAAUGGGAGCAAUUAAGAGAUCUUUUACAGUCAUGGAAAGAAAAUUUGAGUGUUGUCCGCGACGGUUUAACUCAAGUGUCAGCAGCUCAGUUAGAGCUAGCGCGAAAUCAAAAAUUGGUGCAUUAGAUUUCAUGUAGUUUUAUGAGAUUUCAUAUAUGUAAUAUCUAUAUAAAUAAUGGAUGAAUUUUUUACGAUAAACAAAAUAAAAGCUUAUUCUACU